AGGACAAGUGGACGGAGGAGGAGAGCCCGGGCACGGGGGGGCGGCCGCCGCGUAGUUGUUUUGCCCGGGAAUUUCCAGUCCGGCGUCUCUCUUCUUCCUUGUCCAACGCCGAACGGAGAACUAUAAUAUUUCUUCCCCGAGAUGCUGCAGUGAAUUUUAGUUCUAGGAAAUCAGGCGAACAAAAAUCAUCCGAAUAAUCCGAACCAUUUGUUACCCUGUGAGAGCAAACGCAGCCUAGGCACAGAUGAUGGCAAAAAAUUCCUUGGAAGGGUCUAAAGAAGACCUGAGCAAAAUUUCGGAGGAGGAGAUGCUGAGAUGGAGCAAGGAAGAGCUGGUGAAAAGACUAAGGAAAGUGGAGAAUGAAAAGAUGAACUUAAUGGUGGAACACGGCAACUUGAUGAAAGACGUGAACCGGCGGCUGCAGCUCCACCUGCACGAGAUCCGCGGGCUGAAGGAGGUGAACCAGAAGUUGCAGGACGACAACCAGGAGCUGCGGGAGCUCUGCUGCUUCUUGGACGACGACCGGCAAAAAGGCAAGAAGCUGUCAAGGGAAUGGCAGCGCUUCGGGAGGCACACGGCCAGCGUGAUGUGGAAGGAGGUGGGCAUGUACCAACAGAAGCUGAAGGACCUGGAGGCGAGGCAGGAGACCCUCCUGCGGGAGAACGUGGAGCUGAAGGAGAUGGUGCUGAUGCUGGACGAGGAGCGGAACGGGGCCGGCUCGCGGAGCUCCAUCGACAGUCAGGCCAGCCUGACCAACCUGAACGGCGGCUCGGCCACCAGGGACGUGGGGGACGGGAGCAGCACCUCCAGCACGGGCAGCGCGGGCAGCCCCGACCACCAUCACCACCACCUUCACCACCACAAGGCCGGCGACAGCAAGGCCGGAGCCAUGCGGAGGUCAAUGGAUGACCUGUCCGCGCCCCUUCACCACCGGAGCAUCCCCAAUGGCCUCAAUG